UGUUCUACACUGCCAGCCACACAUCAAUAAGUGUAGAACCGAGAGAGAGAGAGAGAACUGGUAUACGCUAUAUUUAGAACCCAAUCUACGCCGGGGCUUCUGACGGCAGUUCCAGUUGUUUGGAUCUUCUACCGUAAGACGAUCCUUCUUCGCCAGAUCGAGCCGUUUUGACAGCCUGCCAUGUGCAAGUGAAGACUGGCCGUGCGUUUGGGAUUAUACUAUGAACGAAGAGGAACCGACAAACAUGACAUGAAGACCUGACAAUAUAUCGACUGAAGCUUUUUGUGUGUAGUUCUGUACAUUUAUGUAGAAUAUAUAAAGGAAGUGAAAAACAGCCAGAAGACUGUAGGAAUAUAGGAGUUCUUAGAUAUAUAUAUUUUUUGUCCAUUUCUGUUCUUUAGAAGUAGACCAUCCUACAAGAAAUUCAAACUCAAAGGUGCAUGUCUUCAAAACAUGGAGUCCCGAAUCCCAGAAGUUGUUGACAUGGCUGAAAGUGCGGACGUGUAUGACGUUGGUAUUGGUGUUGGUGAUGAUGAUGAUGGUGUGUCCAGAUGUUGUUGUGGAAGUGGGAGUAGCCGUUGUUCAGACUUUGCGUCCAGAAAGUGUACAUCGUCAUCGUUGUCGUCAUCGUCGUCGUCGUCGACCACGUUUCAAAGGUGGAAAUCCUUACCCCAGUCUUUCAUGAUUCUCUUUCUAUCAUUAGUGUUGUUUUUGGGAUACUCGCAAGCGUUUCCAGAUCCGGAUAGGCAUUUGAAAGAAAUGUAUCAUAAAAGUGUGGAAUAUCUCUCGAAGUUCGGCUAUCUCGAAGGUCCGUCCCGCGAGACGGGAAACCUCAUGUCUCAGACCGAUCUCUCCGACGCCAUCAAGACGCUCCAGAAGAUGGGCGGCAUCCCGCAGACAGGGGUGGUGGACUCGCGCACCAUCCAGCUCAUGCACCGCCCUCGCUGUGGAAACCAGGACUCGCCAGAGAUUUUCAGGAAAACCAGGAGAGGGAGACGGAAAAAACGCUACACGAUUGCACCGUCGAAAUGGGACACACAGAACCUCACGUUCAGGAUCCUGAACUACACCCCGGACAUGCCGAUGAGGGACAUACGGACGGUCAUAUACGAUGCCUUCAAGGUCUGGAGCGACGCCACCAUGUUGACCUUCAGCGAGGUCAUGUAUGGGAACGCUGACAUCAUGAUCCAGUUCGCCAGCAGAUACCACCAGGACGGAUAUCCCUUUGAUGGCAAAGGUAUGAUUCUUGCUCACGCUUUCUUCCCCGGUGAAGGUAAAGGUGGAGAUACACAUUUCGAUGAUGAUGAAAACUGGACGUAUAAUUCAACUGAUGGAGUCGAUCUUUUUAUGGUGGCGGCCCACGAGUUUGGCCACGCCCUUGGUCUGGCUCACAGCAGCGAGCCGGGAGCGCUGAUGUAUCCGUGGUACCAAGGCUUUCAGAAGAAGUUCGCCCUUCCCCGAGACGAUAUACUGGGAAUACAGGCCCUGUAUGGACAUAGAGAUAUAGAGUUUCCUGAUGAGCCGACGGUGUCUAUCAUUCCAACACUUCUACCCAAAGACAACCCAGACGGACAUCAACCUCCUAAAGUUGACGAUACAGACAACCCACUGGACCCCUGUGCUCAUUCAUUUGAUGCCAUCACUGUCAUCAGAACUGAAGUCUUUCUCUUUAUUGGAAGAUGGUUUUGGCGGCUAGAUUCUAGAAAUAUUGUCCGUGACCCAGUGCACAUCAACAAAUUCUGGUAUGGUUUACCAAAAGAUAUUGACCACGUUGAUGCUGUGUUUGAACUUCCAACUGAUGGCAAGAUUGUGUUCUUUGUUGGUGACAAAUACUGGGUUUUGAACGCCAAUCAUCUGGUUGCCGGGUUUCCAGAAGCUGGUCGACCAAUCACAGAGUUUGGAAUCCCUCCUGACGUCAAGAAAAUAGACACUGUGUUUGUGUGGGGCUUCAACAAACGGACGUACCUAGUGAGCGGGGACAUGUACUGGAAGCUAGACGUGAACAACACGUACGUGGAGUACGAUUAUCCAAGAGACAUGAGCAUAUGGAGGGGAAUUCCGGUUCCGGUUGAUGCUGCGUUUCAGUACUGGGAUGGUAAAACAUACUUCUUUAAAGGCCGACAGUACUGGGAAUUUUAUGAUCUGAAGAUGAAAAAGAGACGAGGCUACCCCAAAUCCACAGCCAGAGACUGGCUCAAAUGCAGCGGAGCACACACGAACUACACAGUGUACAAUGAAGCGCAUGCGGGAAAAGCGAACCAGUACGGGGCGGGUGGGUGUAAUAGUUUGAUGAAUGUUCCCCAUACAACUGGUCUCAUUUUAGCCACACUUGUAUUACUUAAUCUAGAAAUAUUUUGAACUGUAAAAUAUUUAGUUUUAAUAAUAACAGCCAAGGUACUUACCUCAUCAGAGAGAAAAUAUAUUAUAAGGAAAACGAUAUUAAGCAAGAGUUUGUCUCGGUGUGUAUGUAUACAUGUAGUAUGCGACAAAAAAAAACACCCAGCACACAGUGUUUUAAACAACCGCAUUUGUUUUGUGGAGGUUGUACAAAAAAAAGAAAUAAUAAUAAAAAAAAAAAAAAAUCGCAAAUUGAAACAGAACAUAAAAUGUAUUACAGAUAGUUGAGAAAAAAAUACUUAAAAUAUUUUAUAUCUUAAGAAUUAAUUUGUUUAUCUGUUACACAGUAAACAUAUAUAAAAAAAAGUUAAAUAAGGAAUUAGAAUAAUGUGUAUUGUGUGUAUAUUACACAGUGUAUAAUGGUACUGAAUUUUUUGGGGUUUUUUUGCUUUAAUUAUUUAUUAUUUAGUUGAAAACAUGAUGUUUUGCUGUUCUGUUUUUAGUGUCGUAUGCUAUAGAUAUACAUGUUCAGCAGACGACGAGAGAAUACGUCACGUAUUCGUCCAUCCUUUACAAGUGUUGUGGAAGUUGUAAAUUAUGAGUUUUAUAACACUCUUUUUUGUCACAUGUUUUAAAAGAUCUUUUGUAAUUAAUUUUACAACCUAUUUAUUUAUUUCACGUGUAUAUAAAUAUUGACCUUAAUGUUAACACAGAAUAUAUUUUGUUUUUGUGUUUCAGCAUUAGAAAGAAAACCUUCUUACUCAUUUAUAUGAAUACAUAAUGUGUAAUGACCUGAGAUUAUGAUAUCAACAACGUUAAUCAAGACCAACUUUUAUCAUUCUGUUGUUUAUGUCAUUACCAUUUGAAAUUAGACCAGUUACAUAGUUUUAGUGUCCACUAACAUUAUCUAACGGUAUUUCUGUUAAUUACAAAAUAUGCUAUGCUUAAUGGCAAUGGCCAUUCAGAACUUUACUUGUUACUAAAAUCCACGAGUUCUGUAACAAACUAUCAUUCAAUUUAAAAAAUCAAAAAUGAUCAGAAGAAUAUGCUUGCAUUUAUAAUUUGGUAUGAUUAUUUUAUUCAUAUAUCUUUUAGGUUGUUUCCACACUGACUAAUGUGGUUGAUUACUGGAUGAUGUAAAUACCAUAGAGAUGAUAUUUAAUACACACACAGACACACACAGACACACACAGACACAGACACACACACACACACACACACACACACACACACACACACACAGAGAGAGACACAUAUACAUAUACAUAUAUAUAUAUAUAUAUAUAUAUAUAUAUAUAUAUAUAUAUAUAUAUAUAUUACUGAUUACAUGUAUUGUAAAACAUUGAAAUAAGAAGUGGUCUUUAAAACAGUAACCUUCGAUAAUGCUAGUAGAUCAUUAAAACAAUGAUUAUAUUGUGGAACAACAACAAAAUAUUUCCUAAUAAAGUAUUUUGUCUACGUUUAUUAUAUAUCAUCAUACCAAUUAAAAUAUGAUUAUUGAAUCUAUGACUUAGGUGAAAUACGUAGACCUAGGAUAGUCAACCGCAAAUAGUACUUUCCUCAGAAUGAAUGCACCUUUAUCCAUCAACCAAGUUUUACCAAUCAUUUUCCAAACUUCAUUAUUUAUGAGUAGACUGGUCCUCAUCGCUAUUUAAAAACCGAAGAGAUUUUAAUCUAAAAAAUUCACAAUGAUUAGAACCAGACCAUUUUGAAACAGGAACGGGCAUAGGCGGCAGUAAAUAAUUACGCAUUGGCUAUGGAUUGUCUGGCGAUUUGUAUUAGACCUAGAGAAAGAAAAAUCGUUUGAUUUAAUUAGAAUGUGUGUGAUAAUUAUAAUACCAAAUACAUCAGUGAAUACUCGAAUGUGUUUUGUAUGUGUGAGUUAAGAUAUAUUCAAACUUCUUAUUCGUAUGAAGAUUAGGACGUUGGAUUUGGGUUCCAUAUCUAACAUUAAUAUGUGACGUCAUGUGGUAAAUGUUUGAAGAGAUAUGCAACAAUGAUAAGGAUGUGAUAAUAAAAACACCUCGGAAGAUCUUUAUCUACUGAUCCUGCCAGAGCCCCUGACUUGCCAAGUGUCAGCUCAAACUAAAUGAUUUCAUUUGAGGUUGAAAGUCUUGUCCGCACCAGACUAGUGGUAAUGAUUUCUAAAUGGUGUAGUGAAUGCGAUAUAUAUAAUACAUUCAACACUGUAAAAUACUUUGGACUUAAUAUUCAGAAAGGUAUCUCAUGAUUGCGUCUUGCUUUUAUUUGGUAGCCAUUAUAUAUAUAAAAUGGCUACCAAAUAAAAGCAAGACUCAAUCAUGAGAUACCUUUCUGAAUAUUAAGUCCAAAGUCUUUUACAGUGUUGAAUUCAGUAAUUUUGUUUCCGGAAUGGGUGUGGUGCGGGGCAGACUAAAUAGACCAAUGCCUGAAUUUAAUUUUCACUAUUUAAAUUUAAACAAUAUAUUGUGAUCGGCUCAAAACCAACGAACAGACACAUCCACGCCAUUUACGUAUUUUACGUUCGUAUGGAUAUUUUUGUAUUCAAUUUGUUAUUACAGUAUUAGUUACUUUGGGUCAAGCCAUUUUAUUUCUAUGGUGUACUUAUUACAUUUGCUUAUUUUGGCAUAUAUUUGUUUUAUUGUGCACCUUUAUUUGGGUUGUUUAUGAUCACGUGUGAGGUGGGUGUGGGUAAUGUUAAGUUGUAACUUGUUUUAAUACUUACCACCAAAAAAUGAAAUAAUAAAUUUCCAAUCAACCAGAUUUCAAUGUAAAAGCAGAUCAUAUAUGAAAACAGAUAUAUAUUUCAUUUUAUUCAAUUUAUUGUCAGUUGUCUUUUGUAUGGUAGAACGCUUGCUUGAGGUGAACCCUUUCUCUGUUUGAUUUUACUCGUCCUAACCAGUGCACCACGACUGGUAUGUCAAAGGCCGUGGUAUCCUGUCUGAGGAAAAGUGUAUAUAAAAGAUCCCUUGCUGCUAAUGGAAAUGUGUUUAGCGUGUUUACUCUAAAACUAUGUGUGACAGAAUUACUAAAUGUUUGAUAUCCAUAGCCGUUGAUGAAUAAAUCAAUGUGCUCCAGUGGUGUCGUUAAACAAACUAACUUUUUAUCUCAACCCCCACGUGACACGUGAUCGUUUCUACAACAGCCCUCAGCGAGGAAUGGGAUGCUUGUAGUUGGUUGAAGAAAACUGUACAAUUUUGAAAUGAAAAUACUCAUUAGCUAAGUUUGACAUUAUUAUAUACUCUACACAGACUUGGUGCACUGUAUCUCUCUUGUUUUCUUCUGCGGAUAUGGGUCAUGCUUUUGUGAUAACCUCAGUGCAUAAUACUAAUCUAUGUGGUACUUUUAUUUCCUCACAACUAUUUUGUAUUCGUAAAGUUGUCCAAAUAUGUGUAUACGUGCGUUUGUAUAUGCGUGCGUGUGUUUGUAUGUUUGAAUGAUUAAUCUUGUGUAUGCGUGCUUGCGUGCGUGCGUGUGCGUGCCUGUGUGUGUGUACAUCAUUGCUUGGAUGUAUGCUGUACAGCAUAUAUGUGCUGAAGAAGUUGAAAAAUGUAUUGCACUAUUUUGGUAUAUAUAGUUAAAAGCAUAGAUGUAAAUUUCUUGUAUUCUGAAUUAGACAACACCCGUUAUAUAAUAGAGAAAUACUAUUAGAUGCCGUUUCGUUGAUAUAGAUUUCGUUGUAUAGAUUGACACAUUUUGCUGACGAGUGUCCUCUUUUAUUUCCACAAAUGUGGACGUGCGGGAUGUUUUUGUUAUUAUGCUUUUAAACUUCACAACAGAAAGGAUUUAUACCAUAUGUCAUGUUGGUAAUGGGUUUGAGAUUUGAGGGGAAAUUUUAUUUUUAACAAUGCUUUUGGUUUUUGGAGAGUGACGUUGGUCAUAGCAUUCCGUCACAUAUUAAAAAUAAAUGAUUUUUUAAAUUUUGGGUGUGGUUUUUUCAGGUGGUCGGGUGGGCAUGCUUACCAUAUUUUUUUUAUGUGGCCUGAAGUUCAUCAGUAUUGCUUGAUACCUGUUCAACUGGAGAAAAACAUAAUUAAACAUGAGGUGUUUUUAUGAGGUGUUUUUUGUUUCUAAUAAGAGAAUGAAACUACUUUUCAGAGUAUAUUAUUUUAAUAAACCAAAUCCACGGAUGCUGGGGUGGGAGCAUAGGUCACCUCAGAAUUAUACGAAAAAAAAUAAAAAAAGUACCCUUUUAAUUUAAAAGUACCAUUUUUUUUUUUUAUGCAGAUAAGAGCAUCACAAAGGGGUACGUUUUUAGGUUUUUUUACAAUCUCAUGGAAGAGGGCACUCUGACCACCCGCCAUGGACUUCGCGAUUUCGCGCCUGUGGCACUUGCUUACCUCUCACACAAUUUAGACUCCAGCGUUUUUACUGCCUCCAACCACCUCCACCAUGUUAUUUUAGGUUAAGUACGUUGCUGGGUUUGAAUGCAUCUACGGAUACGUUAUAUAAAUAUGCAAUACUCAAAUAAUUAAACCAUAAUAUGUACAGCUGUUAUCUAGUAUCAUUUAUAAUAAGAGAAAUACACGGCCGGAUUUACAAAGCUUGUUUAUGGCUUACCCGCGUAUACCACAUAUGCGUUAAAAAACACACACACAAAAACAGACUUCGUAAAUUCGGCCUAUAUAUUCUGCAUAGAACAGUCCACUGCAUAUAAUUUGCUCAAUGUUGCUUAUAGCAGAAACUGCACCUGGUGAAUGCAAGUAAAAAUACUCCAUUAUCAAUGUAUUUUUGUAUGUAUAAUAUUUGCUGUUAAAUAUUUUGUAUAGACGUUUAUAUAUCGCACAUAGAUUUAAAACCAUAUAAACACAGAUACUCGGUUUAAGGAUGAUAUUAUUAUUAUUUAAGUGGAAUAUCUGAACGAUGUUUGUAAUAAUGUUUAUGCUUAGAAACAAGUGCAUGCAUGUGAAUUUAAAUAUAUGUUAUUAGAUGCGGACUGGUGUAUCGAUUUCGUUUUGAACUUCUUUUUUUUAUAGUUGAAUUAAUUUUUUUAGACAAUAUAUUUUUCUUUUAAACCUUUUUUAUGUUUACCCUGUGCAAUAUUACCAAAAUGAAUAUGGAUUACAAUAAUUACUUUACUUUAUUUAGAAGGUGGCCUUUGUAUAUGGGUCAAACUUUAUGCAUUGUUUGCACAAUGAAGCUAUUUAAAGUCCCUCUUUAUAAAGUUAUCAAGCAGUUUUUGGUCAAAAUACUCUUUAUAGAAAAUUCGAUUUAACGUAAACAUUAUUUACCUUGUUAAGUAGAUGCAAUAUUUUCUUUAAGAAAUCAGUUAUGAUUUUAAUAUCUGGAGAACAGUUGGUGUUGUAAUAUAAUUUUGAGAUCCAUUAUUUUUCCAUACCGUAUUUGAUACUGACGUGCGCGUUCGGAAAUGUUCGGGUCUUUAGCUAACGUUUUACUUAAAAUUAAAUUUCGUGGUGAUAAAUGCAUCCGAAAUUUUAUUAGUAUAUUAAGAACCAUGUAUUUUUUUGUGCGCAGCAAAGCAGUAAACCGGAUUCAGAAUCGAGGGAAUGAAGCGAAGUAGGCCUAGGGGUCAGGUGUAGGGGUAGUAAGCAAAUACAGUUAGAAAACAAAAACCCGAAAUGUUUGUCUUUUAUCUGUCUGGUUAUUUUAAUGUUGGUUAUACAUUAUUUUUUAAUCCAAGUUCCAAACAUAUGGACUUCCAAUUCAUUUUGUAUGGGUUUCAUUUGAAAAACCUCGGCCGAUUACGGAGUUUGUGAGAUCUAACCAUUAUGUAUUAAACAGUAUAGUAUACGAAAAACCUCGGCCGAUUACGGAGUUUGUGAGAUCUAACCAUUAUGUAUUAAACAGUAUAGUAUACGAAAAACCUCGGCCGAUUACGGAGUUUGUGAGAUCUAACCAUUAUGUAUUAAACAGUAUAGUAUACGAAAAACCUCGGCCGAUUACGGAGUUUGUGAGAUCUAACCAUUAUGUAUUAAACAGUAUAGUAUACGAAAAACCUCGGCCGAUUACGGAGUUUGUGAGAUCUAACCAUUAUGUAUUAAACAGUAUAGUAUACGAAAAACCUCGGCCGAUUACGGAGUUUGUGAGAUCUCACCAUUAUGUAUUAAACAGUAUAGUAUACGAAAAACCUCGGCCGAUUACGGAGUUUGUGAGAUCUCACCAUUAUGUAUUAAACAGUAUAGUAUACGAAAAACCUCGGCCGAUUACGGAGUUUGUGAGAUCUAACCAUUAUGUAUUAAACAGUAUAGUAUACGAAAAACCUCGGCCGAUUACGGAGUUUGUGAGAUCUAACCAUUAUGUAUUAAACAGUAUAGUAUACAAACAUUGUAAUUUAUUUGAAACGUCAAAUUCGUCUUUGCCGAAUGUUACACACAUUUGGAUUAACUACGAACAACUAGUAUAGAAAUGGCACCAUAGUUAUGUUUUAAAAUUCUUAAUAACAACAAACAUGCAGAUGCUAAAACAAUUGUUAGAAGAUAAUAUAGUAAUGAAAUCAUAGUAAUUUUAAAAUAACAAACACAGACACUUUAACAGUUGUUUGAAGCAUGAAAUUACUGUUUAAUAAAAACCUCUGGGUUUGUGUAUGGACUAACAGAGACGCUAACACGUCGCCAGCUGUAGUUCGUCCGGGGUUUGAAUCGUGAGAUCGGCCGAGGAGUUCCGAAUGGUAUGAAUGUGCGUCUCUUUUUGUAUGUCUGUAUGUAGGUAAAUCAUUUGAUUUCGCCAUGUCUUGGUGCAUCCGAGUCUUUCAUCGACAUUUCAUCUUAGAUUCGUUUCGAAAUAAAAUCACCGUAUCAUUUUACAAAGUUUGUCCGUAAUAUUAUAUUCCAUUGAAGUUAUGUCCAGCACAUGAAUUAUUAUUAUAUAUUAAAAUGUGUUAUUACCACACAUCUAACAAUAAAUAUUAAAAUAAUAAUAAUAAAUUAAAGAUGUUCUUCUCGUAAUUUUUUUUAUUUUUAUGUCAUGUUCACUUAUAAUACGAAUAACUUAGAUAAAUAUUGCAUCGCUGUGUGGUUUUUCCAGUACAAGAUAUUUCUUUGAUUUAUUUACACUCAAAGAUACAUUAAUUAUUAUUAUUAUUAUGUUUAGACACAUCAUCACCUAUUUAUACAAUGUUAUAAAAAGUCUAGCUUCUAUGAAUAUCCAUGAGCACAGCUUUAAUUACAGUCCCUCCCUACGUACUUGUAAGACCCCAUGCUAAUGUGAAGUACAGUGUAAUGCUAUGAAAAUUAUUGUAUCAAUAAAUGACUCCAUUGUGAA